UGGUCAAAAAGGAGUCAAAUACCUACUUACAUUUCUGCACCACCAAAUUAGUGCCGAUGUGAAAGGCUUGUAUUUAUAUUUUCGAAUUUUAUAAAGCUGAGGAUUAUAUGUUUCCGAUAGAUUUCAAUCGUUUGAAUUUGUUGUCUUCGAAGAAUUGUUACGUUCGUGUAAAUUUUCCCAGCUAUAAUAUUUGCAAAAUUAUUACCUAGCUCGUGCAAACAUUAUUUAUCGCUACGUAGGGACUGAUUUGAUAUCAGUUGGAAAAGACGAGAGUGCCGUUAGAAUCUUUAUCUGAGGCAAGACUUGAUGCUAGUUGAUGGAUACCUCGUAGCAGCAGGCAGUAGACGGUAGACUGGCAUUUUCUUUUAAAUUGACCUCAACUUGAAGAAGUAUGGAGCCUACAAAAAUAUCGGUCUCUGAAACCAUUUUGAAGGAUGAAGCAAAAAUCGACAUUGUAGCCAAACUACGAAAUCUUAUGACUGACGAUGCAGCAAUUACAACUUUUAUGCAUGAUGAAUCGCUGCCAAAUCUACCAGUCCCUUCACUUCCUCAGACGAUGGAAAGGUAUAUUAAGAGUUGUACUCCUUUUCUCAAUGAUGCAGAACUUGCAUUCACUGAAAAAGUUGUACAAGAUUUUAUGUCUAAGGAGGGACCAGUCUUGCAAGCUAAGCUGUUACAGAGAGCCAAUCAGCAUAAAAACUGGCUGGAGGAUUGGUGGAUGACCUAUGCCUACCUAAACUUCCGCCAACCUUUAUUGCCUCUUCUGAACAUUGGGGGUCCUCAAACUCUGCACCUCUCAUCUUGGCCCCCAUCCUAUGAUAAUGCUAUCUUUUAUGCUGCACUCUUUGCCUACACUGGUCUUUGCUUCUACCAAAUUCUACGUGAAGAAAGAAUUCAUCCUCAGUCAUCAGUAAAGGGUAGCAAGCUGAGCAUGGAGCAGUUCAGACGUUUCUAUAACACCUGCCGUAUCCCAGGAGUUGGUAGUGAUGUCCUCUUCAGUUGCUGGAAGACAAAACGAGAGGGCGAGUGCCCCAAUCACGUGGUGGUGCUGUGUAACGGCCACGUGUGGUUUCUUCAGCCUUGGGAUUCACAAGGUGAGGCUCUGAACGUUUCAGAGUUGAUGGCGCAGCUCACGAGCAUUCGGGAGCAGAGUGACAGGCUGGGCCCUGGGCCUGGAGUGGCAAGCCUCACUUUUACCCCUUCUCUUUGUGACCAGGCUUGUUGGGAGAGCGUGUGUGGCGACAUCAGCAACCGCUGGACGGACAAGAGCCUCAGCAUCAUCGUCACACGCAGCGGCUACACGCUCAGCAAUAAUGAUCACACACCCUACGACGCAAUGGUGCUGGUGGUGCUGAUGCACUUCCAGCACCGCCUGCUGGAGCUGCUCGACGUGCAGCAGCUGAGGGCGGCGCCCGUACGGCUGCACCUCGCGCCGCCACAGCUGCUCAAGUUCGACCUCGACCCCAGCCUCGUUGAGGCCAUCGCUGCUGCACGUGUCUACAGCAAGACGCUCACUGACAACAUCGAAGUGUCAUUCGACCAAUACUUCAAGUUUGGCAAAAAUUGGAUGAAGGAGAAGAAAGUCCACCCUGAUGCUCUCGUUCAGAUGGCCUUACAGCUCGCCUACUACAGAACCUACGGAAAGAUGGCGCCAACGUACGAGACUGCUACGACUCGCCAGUUCUACCACGGCCGCACGGAGACUGUAAGGAGCUGUACGCCGGCCGCUAAAGCCUUCGCUAUUACCAUGAUGGACCCCUCAGCAUCGGUUUCGACUAAGGCACAGGCUGUGCGGGCGGCGUGCGCAGGCCACGACGCCCAGAUGCGCGAGUGUCAGGCGGGCCAAGGCGUUGAUAGGCACCUGCUUGGCCUCUACAUCACCGCUCUCGAGGCCGGCCAAGACGUGCCCGCCAUCUUCACCGACCCUGCCUUCGUCAAGUCCGGUGGUGGAGGCAACUACGUACUGUCGACCAGCACUCUGGGCUAUACGGACUGCACGGGAGGCGUGGCCCCGAUGGUGCAGCACGGCUACGGCUGCUUCUACACCAUGCUACCAAACCGGCUGUACCUGUUCGUGUCGUCCUUCAGAGAUGGAGGUGCUGUGCCAGCCCCUGAGUUUCUUGCCAUAUUCAAGCGCUCUUUGGAUGACAUCAAAGAGGUUCUCGAUGCUGAGAGCGCCCUGGCCAAGCUUUAGCUUCACUUCACAGCUCUUAUCAGACAUUGAGACUAUGUGCAAUAUGAUGCAACUUCGUCCAAAAUCGAUAGUCCUAAACUGAAUCUACUUGUCGUCACUUAAUGUAACUAUUAACUAAACGAAUCUGCAGAUUUUUUUAAUUCUUGCUAGUUUUUUGUUGAGUAUAGAAUUAUAUUUACUACUUUGAAUUCAUACGAACUCACAAAAUUUUACCAAUGCCAUUCUUGAAUUUUUUAACUAUUGACUUCAUUUUUACUGUGCUCUCAAAGUUUUUUUUCCACAGUUACCCUCUGAAUUCGUCUUUGAACUUUUUAUUUUGAAAUUUAAUGAACCCGUUGUAUUAAAAAACACUUUUAAAUUUCCACAACGUCUGAAGCCAUCAUUAUUUCAUACUGAAGUGUACAGUUUCACGGGUGUUAGCGUUUGCAUGCAUUCUGUUCUCCGGACGUACAUUUCUGAUCGUUUACAUCUGUACGAAACUUUUCUCUCUGAGACAGCGCUGCUCGGGCGGACAGUAGUUAUAUACCUCAUGUACAUAUUCAAGUUGCAGCAAUAUUAUUUACGUUCGUGGGUUCUUGAAUCGUAGUGUGGUCUACCAUUUGCUAUGUAGGUAUUGGUUUGUCUGAUCUACUCUUAAAAUAUCGUUAUUCUUGGUGAAUUUCAAAAAUGGUCUGUGAUUUUACUCAAAUUUUUAUUUGUGUUGAGUUCAAAUUGAACUUCUUCUGUGGGUAACUUUCCGUGCAAUAAAUUUGUUGCUACAUGCAUGCGUGAAGCUCGUGUGUUUUUUCUGGAGAUAUUAGCUGUUUGUUAGUUUCGAAUUUAUAUCGGUAGGGCUAAAUGCAGAAUACAUUUUCAUUCCAGUUAUGCCUGCCCAAGUAUAUUCUAGUAAUUUUCACGAAACUGUAAUUUAUAAUUUACGUACCUAUAAAUCCACAAAUUUAGUUAAUUUAGUCUUAACUGUUAUUUCAUUUUUAUAUACUAAUUCUUAUUGUUGAAUGUGAAGGCACCUGAUGAGGCAUAAGUAGGUAGACUUAAGGAAGUCAGUCUCCAAAUAAUCCGUGCCUUUGAUACUUGGAAAGAACUUCAGUGCCUUCAUGAGAAGCCGGCGACGUCUUUUCACUGUUCCUCCAACAUGAUCAUGUAUCCUGGCAACCGUGCGUCAUGUUAUGCGUUCUAUUAUUAUUGUGAUGGCUGUUCAAUUAUUUAUGCCGUGUUUAUAUGUUCAUUUUAUAUUCAUUAAAACAAAUAUUUUAGUUUUCAUUCUGAGAAUACCUGUAUCUAUGGGGCUUAACUAUAUUAAUGCGUAAUAAUUUCUGUUAAUGUAGUACAUACGUAGCUUUCUCGUUACCGAGCUUAUUUGAUGCUAGUUAAUAUUUUCAAUGUUGACUUUAAGCUGUUAUUUCUUAGUCAUCUUUUGUUAGGGAUUUAUUUUAGCUCGUCAUCUUUUAUAGGGCAUUAAUUACAAGUUCGUGACUUCUAUGUGUGUGGGGUAAUCAGGACUCGUUUGCAGCUGAUUCUGUGUAUGCAUCUCCUAAUGUCGUCUGCGAGCGUCGUUUAUUACAGAAAUGCCAUUCUUUAAUCUAAUUUUAACUAAGUUUUAUGGGUAAAGGAAUUUGUUUUAACCGUGGGAAUUAAAUUUGCGUGUCGGGAAAAUGAUCUUUUAACUACUGAUUAUUAUAAUACUAGAUAUAUUUAUACUUCAACUUUGAGGAAUUUGAGUCGAGAUUAACUGGAAAUAUACGACUGGGUUCUAAUCAACUCUUCAUGAAUUCUUAUAAUUAUGAACCGUUGCUACGACUGGCUGACGAAUUAAAAUUUAUAUAAUGAAGUUGUGCCCAAACUGUGCGUUUUCGUGGAAUUUCAUGAAUCUUGCGUUACACUUAAUGAAACGCUAAUGUUUGACGGGCAAUGAAUUUCAACGUUAUUGUUUCAUACUACUUUGACAAAUUAUGCAUCACUGAGAUAUGAAUAGUAAGCGAGGCUUGCCGGGGAGGAAAGAAGUUUUUUCACAACUACCUUGGCAGUAUAAAUGCUAAGGUUGGUCGGUUACAACCCAAACACUUACCAUGAUUCAUUAAUCAUAUAAGAUCCCGAUUAUUGUGCAGAGCCUGGCAGUAACAUUAAUUCAUUAAAUAAGUCAAAAGUCCAUCUACUCUGUAAUUCACCGGGCUUUGUCUUAAUUUAUCGUCUCCCUACCACGAAUUAUCUAUUCUCGCUAACAUUCACGGUUAUCCAUGCCAUUGUGUUCCCUCUUUCUUCUUCUCCAUCGACAUAAAAUGUAUGAGUGGCAGCCGGCUGCUACCAAGGCCUCUAGCGCUUUGGGUCCCUAGACUCUAAAUAUAAACUAAAAUACACGAAUUAUAUUCUCUGAUCAACUUUAGAUCAGCUAAUCAAUCGUGAGUAUGAAUGAAUAUGAAUACAAUUUUUUGUAAAAGUGUGAGCCAUUCCAUACUGAUACCUACCUAUGCAUAUAUAUCAACUUUAUUGGCUGCCGAAUAGCCCCGCCGAACCUCAGUUGUAAGUUAAAUGCAGCGUUAUACUCUGGCCAAGCUCAAGAAUUGGAGGAAGUUCUUUUGAAAAUCGAUGCCACUAUGGAAUCAAAAAUAUCGCGACUCGACGUUAUUCUUUAUUACAGUUGAAGCCGCUGCCUUACUCAUUGAAAAAUGACGGCAAGUUGAUAUUUCGACAUACCUAACCCCGAGUUCCAGAUGAGCAUUUUCUCACUUAUAUAGUUAUUCAUGAUUCUUUGUCUCAAUUUUGUUAGUUGAAAUUUUGCCUAAGCUAUGAUUUUUGGUUAUUUUGUCCAUGUUAUGAGAGCUAUAUAACUUAUAAUGUGGUGUAGUUCGGCAGAAGUUGUUCCUUAAUGCAAGUUUGAUUGAAGAGAAGUUUUUCUCUUCAAUUUGUUUGUUUCUGUAUUGGGUGAAUUAGGCUUUUGAUAAUACUUGAAAAUUCAAAUAUAAGGUUUCCAAGUGA